CUUCACAACUGCGCAAACUCAGCGGAAGUCAGCUGGGCACGUUUUGUAAGUGGCUUGUCGUAGAUUUGCCACAACUGAAGUGUUUUUUCUUUUCGAUAACUCCAGAACCGCUCAGAAGCGUUUUCACACAAUGACGAUCUUCAGACUUGCCGGGCCUUUUGGGCGGAGGGCAUUUUUAAGUCAACUAAAGGCACGGAAGAUCCGUGUGGCUUCCUAUGCAAAAGCUGCUGGCAGUGAUGAACUGAAAUCACAGGAAGUCAAGCUGCUUCGAAACAUAGGGGUCUCUGCACAUAUCGACUCUGGCAAGACAACACUGACUGAAAGGAUAUUAUUCUACACAGGAAGAGUGGAGGAAAUGCACGAGGUUAAAGGAAAAGAUAAAGUUGGUGCAACAAUGGACUUCAUGGAGCUAGAGAGACAAAGAGGCAUCACUAUCCAGUCUGCUGCUACUUAUACACACUGGAAAGGACAUAAUAUUAAUAUUAUUGAUACUCCAGGUCAUAUAGACUUUACAGUAGAAGUGGAGCGUGCUCUCCGCGUCCUAGAUGGCGCCAUAUUAGUCGUCUGUGCUGUGGGCGGAGUCCAGUGUCAGACGAUGACAGUGGACAGACAGAUGAGGCGUUACAAGGUUCCGUGUGUGACUUUUUUGAACAAAAUGGAUCGAUUGGGGGCGGAUCACUACAGUGCUUUAACACAAAUGAGAAAACGGCUGGAGCAUAACUGUGCGUUUGUCACGUUACCAGUAGGCAGAGAGUCCCAACACAGUGGGGUCAUUGACCUCAUAGAAGAGAAAAUGUUGACUUUUAAUGAGCCAUUUGGUACAAAUGUUGUGGCGGAUGCCAUCCCAGCAGACAUGUUGGCUGAAGUAAAGGAAAGGAGGCAAGAGCUGAUAGAGUGCGUGGCCAACGCAGACGAUCAUUUAGGGGAGAUCUUUUUGGAGGAGAGGACACCUACCAUUCUGGAAAUAAAGGCGGCCAUAAGAAGAGCAGUGAUAAGUCAACAGUUUAAUCCGGUCUUCUGUGGAUCAGCACUGAAAAAUAAAGGCGUCCAACCUCUUCUGGACGGGGUGGUUGAUUACUUGCCAAAUCCUACAGAAGUUGAAAACUUUGGGAUGGUGGAAAACAAAGACCCUUCUGGGAAAAAGACCACAGUGGAGAAAGUAAAACUGGAUCCUACCAGGACCCAAAAAAAUCCUCUCUUGGCGCUGGCAUUUAAAUUGGAGGCUGGUAAGUUUGGGCAGCUGACCUACAUGAGAGUCUAUCAAGGAUGUAUCGCAAAAGGAAGUACGCUCUUAAACACGAGAACUGGGAAGAAAAUCCGUGUGGCCCGACUGGUGCGAGUCCACUGCGACACAAUGGAGACAUUAACAGAGGCAUACGCUGGAGAUAUCUGUGCUUUGUUUGGCGUGGAAUGUGCCAGUGGUGACAGCUUCGUAGACUCUGCCAAAUUUGCUAAUAUGUCCAUGGAACCUAUUCAUGUGCCUGAGCCUGUGAUAGCUAUGUCAAUCAAAUGCGAAGACUCCAAAAAGGCAGACAAUUUCUCGAAAGGAAUAGCGCGUUUUACGCGGGAGGACCCUACCUUCAGAAUGGAAUACGAUGAAGAACACAGGGAAAGCAUUGUGAUGGGAAUGGGAGAGCUGCAUUUGGAUAUAUACUCUCAGAGACUGGAAAAAGAGUAUGGCGCUAAGGUGAUAUUGGGAAAACCACGAGUUGCUUUCAGAGAGACAUUACAAGCACCAUGCGAGUUUGACUAUCUCCACAAACGUCAGAGUGGUGGACAGGGGCAGUAUGGAAGAGUUAUUGGAAUUGUUGAACCUCUCCCUAUAGAACAGAAUACAGAGCUGGAAUUUUACGACGAGUGCACAGGAACCAAUGUGCCCAAAGGAUACAUGCCAGGCAUUGAGAAGGGUUUUAGGACUACAGCAACAAAGGGUCCUUUGAUAGGAAAACCAGUUUCAGGAAUAUCAUUUACAAUAAGAGAUGGGGCCAGCCACAGUGUGGACUCCAGUGAGUAUUCCUUCUUCUGUGCCGCUGAGGGAGCAAUGAAGCAAGUGUAUGAGAAUGGGCAGUGGCAAAUUUUAGAGCCUGUCAUGACUGUUGAAGUGAUGGGGCCUAUGGAAAAUCACGGGACCAUGUUGCACACGUUACAGACUAGGUCCGCCAUUAUAACAGGAACAGACCAAGUUGCAGGCUACAGUAUUAUUUAUGCUGAGGCGCCUCUUAAUGAAAUGUUUGGAUAUUCAAUAGAACUGCGCAAAGUUACGCGAGGAGAAGGAGAGUUUUCCAUGGAGUUUGCUCGCUACUGCGUUGCCACACACAAAACACAAACUGAGCUUAUACGAGAAUAUCAGAAAGAAAAAGGAAUUGACUUAAAGACAAAGAAAAGACAAUAAAAUAAAAUUAUUUUAAUUUUUAAAUUAUUUAUGACUGUGUAUACUGUUUGAGAAAAAUGAAAAAAAAAGGAGCUAAAAGUAGAACAGUUCAGGAAUGGUGCAAAGAUGUGUUUGUGUGCAUUGAAUGUUAAGGUGAAUAUGCUGGAAAACUGAUCAAAGACUGCUUUAUUCAAAUAAUUUAUGUUUAAAAUCACGCAACAGCUUUUCUAUUGACAUUCUAUCCCAGUGUCUAUUGUGUUUUCAAGAAAGCAUUGUAAUAUAUGUACAUUUACACCAUCUUUGUGAGAAAAGAAUCAAAGAAUGACUUUUGUAAUUAUUGAAAUUGA